AUGCUAUGCGUUGCCUGCUUUAUGCCUUCCGAUGAAUCAUCGGCUCUCCCGGAAUCGACCUCAAAAGAACGGGCCGCCUUGGGUCGGUAUUUAUUUGACAAAUUAACUUAUUAUUUCCAUCCGAGAACGUUGCCCGGUGCGAACCAUGUUUUCGAUGAUGCCUUGACGGCGUUUAUUAUGACGAGUAUUUCUCCAAGUGAGCAGUCCGUGGAGUCAAGUCUGCAUUAUUGGCUUGCUUUCCUCAAGUUCAUUGUGCAGGAAUUGCAGCUGUACAAGGAUUCACCAAUUCUUAGCGAAGAUGACAGAGAAGAAAGGAGGAGGCUAUGGUGGGCCUCAUAUAUCAUUGAUAGACAUGUGGCGCUAUCAUUUAACGAACGACCACAUAUCCCAGAUCAAGAAUGCCAGCUACUUCCCACUCCAUCUCCUGAUGCAGUCUGGGUCCUGCCAGGUCCAUUACUGAGGAGUCCGGAGAUCAAUUUCCAAGGAACCAUGCUUGGCUACCGCGUCAAAAGCCUUGAUAUGCUUGGCAUCUAUCUACCACUGUCCAAGAUACUGGGAGAAAUUCUCGAACAUCGCUUUCUUUGUGAACAUCCGACUUUCAAUAAGAACGAAAAGUUUCUGGCUGAAAUCAAGUCAAAUAUUCUCCUUAAUCUUGAGCAAUGGUUCAAUUCUUUUAUAGGACUUGCUGGUCCGGACUUUUACACCAUCGCAGACCCAGAAUGUACCUUGCCUCCUCCCCCGAACAUACCAAAGGUGGCAUAUUACGGCCUACACAUGUACCAUUGUAUGUUUGUGCUUCUGCACGGACCAAUGGAUAUAGUCCGGAUGUACAAAGAUCACGCCUGGCAAGCAUCUUCAGAUUUCAUCACAGCCGGUGAGCACGCAGUUGCCUGCGCAAACGUUGCACGUUACAUCCUACAAGUUGACCCACGAUUAUGUCUCAUGUAUCGCUUUUUCGGAACCUACUUCCUACAAUCAUCCUUCAUAUUUCUCAUCCUCGCCCGGAAGCUAGGUCGCCAAUCGGACGAUCUGAUCAUGCGCAACUGCGCGAUUAACCUGCAGGUUCUGGAUAAGUUUGUUGCAACGACAAACAUGGACUACCAGCAUACGUUUGCGAAAUUUAUCCGGCGGGCACUGUCCUAUAAUCUGGGACAGUCUUCGUCGGAAGAUGAUAUGCACGUUGAUAAUCUCUUGGCUGAAUCUUUGGACCCAGAAAGUCUGCCUUAUCGCUGGAUACCGGGGUAUCGAGGGUUGCAGGUUGGUCCGAUGAGUAAGGAAUGA